GGGAGCCCAGGUUUCUCCUUGUGGCGACGUGGACAGGGAGCUAACAUCUCUGCUGCCUGCUGCGCACCCACAGGCACAGCAGGUGGGGGCCCCGCCGCUCCAGGCUGGAUGCUCUCGCCAGCGAUUCCCAUCCUCACCUGAGGCCAGACCUUGUCCUGAGCCAGCGGAGAAACGAGGAUCUUUAAUUACCCUGACUUGGACAGAAACACGGGGCUUGGUUUUCUGAGAUGGAGGCGAUCGGUGAAAAACAGCACUGACGGAGAAAACAACAAUGACGACCUCCUUAUGUAGCAUCUAGCAACCUUGGAGCUGACAAGUAUCGUCUGCUUCAAAAUUGCUUAAAUUCAGGCAGAGUGCUCGGUGCUUGGGGUCACGCCUCAAUGGAUGCAGUGUGAAGCCCUCUCCUACCGGCCCCAAGCCAGCCCCCAGCUCCCGGGGGCUCAGUCGGCUUUUAAUGCGCUUUGCUCGGCGCGGGGCUGCCCCGCCGCCGCUGGGCCCGGGACGCGGGCAGGCGGCUGCGGGCCCGGCCCGGAGGCCGCGGCAGCGGUUCCCGGCGGGGCCCUUUCCCCGCAGCACCGCCCGCCUCCGCUGCUCCGCCGGGGCUCGUCAGUGCCCGGGCCAGAAAUGGCCCUUGUUCUGUGGAAGAACUUUCUUCAGAUUACAAUGAAAAGGAUAUUACAACAAAGAAGGUUGUCACUGUAUAAUGGUGCUCAUGGCUAUGAGGAAGAAUUGAUAAAGAAGAAACUUCAGCAGUUUUCUGGUGGAUCCAUCGACCUUUCCAAAGAAGACAAUGGCAUUGCAAUACUUACUUUGAAUAACCCAAAGUUAAUGAAUGCCUUUACAGGCACUAUGAUGGUAGAACUCCAGGAGAGGGUAACUGAACUGGAAAACUGGAAGGAUGGCAAAGGUCUUAUAAUCCAUGGUGCAGGAAACACUUUUUGCUCAGGAUCUGAUUUGAAUGUUGUCAAAGAAAUAUCCAAUUCCCAGGAUGGGAUGAAUAUGUGCAUGUUUAUGCAAAACACCUUAACCAGACUUAUGAGGUUGCCUUUGAUCAGUGUUGCACUAGUUCAAGGAAAAGCUUUUGGAGGAGGAGCAGAACUUACCACAGCAUGUGAUUUCAGGUUGAUGACGCCUGGAAGUGAAAUUCGGUUUGUCCACAAGCACAUGGGCCUGGUGCCAGGCUGGGGAGGAGGUGCGCGGCUGGUGCGGAUCGUGGGCAGCGGGGCAGCCCUGCAGCUGCUGGGCGGGGCUGCGCGGGUGGACCCCGAGAGAGCGCUGGGCAUGGGGCUCUCCGAGGAGACGCUGCCAUCCUCGGAUGGAACCAGAGCGCUGGCACAGGCCCAGGCCUGGCUGAGUCAGUACACAGAGGGUCCAGCCGCUGUCAUUCGGGCUGUGAAAAAGGUGGUGACAGCAGGAAGAGAGCUCCCACUAGAAGCUGCCCUAAGGACAGAGAAGGACAUUUUCGGAACUGUAUGGGGUGGGCCUGCCAAUUUGCAGGCAUUGGUUAGAAGACCAAAACAUAAAUGAUGGUUUAUGCAUAAGAAAUAGGCUUGACUUUUUUGCAAACAAAGCUUUCAGUAAAGCAGACGUUAAGCUGAAUCACUUAAGGACUUGUCCAUUUAAAAUGGUAUUAACAUUCCUGCCAUUUAGGUCAGGCAGGCAUAUUUGGUGUGCAACCACAGAGAAAUCCCAGGCAGAUUCUCUACUGUCCUAAUCACCCACUGAAUCGAGAUUAGUGAAAUUACUAUGUAAAGGUAAAUACUGUGCUGAAAAUAGAACUAUAAUUCGUUUGGAAUGAGGCUGAAGAUUAUUUUAUUUGGUGUUUUGCUUUGUUUUUUUUUAACUAGUAUGGAAAUUAAUUACUUGAAAAAUAUGAGGUUUAUUCAUUUGUAGAACAGGUGCAUCUAAAGCUGCAAAAUAUGAGUUCCCCAACAUGAGACCAGUGUCUUUAAGCAGCUAGGAAAAGAUGAUUACUAGUGGGAGGAUAGCUUUUAUUUUUUCAUUCUAGUUAGUUCUUUGUGCAAUUGCUGAGAAAAUAUCCUUCAAUUUUAAUGGUGCUAUUACAGGAGAAGCUUUGAGUUACUGAGAAGCUUCUAGCACUCAGUCACUAUCACUGAUUCAGGCCUUUAAAUGUAUUUUGGUGUCUUCUCACUGCUCAAGGAAUCAACUACCCACACAGGCAUCUGCACAUUCCCAUAUCCUGUACCUGUGCAAAGCUGCUGGCCUAGUUCUUUACACAGAAUCUGUUUGAAAUCUUGGAAGGCUAUAAUGUAUCAUGCCCCUAAAAAGUUUGUCUUAGGUGACUGGGUGAUGUGAGUACUUCAGCAUUCUGAUAAGAUGUGAGUGGAUAUGUCUAUGUCUUUCUUCAAAGCAUUUUUAAUGGUGGGGUAUAUUUGGGCUGACUAGAAGGUUUGGAACUCAGUCACCCCUUCAUGCCAGUGACCAUGCAAGUAAUUGGAUGACUGAGUGGGGAAAGUUUUCCCUUUAGAAAUUAGAAACUGACACAGAGUGCCUGCUUUAAAAAUAAACAUCUGUGAGAGCAAAACCAUACAGACAUAUCUGUGACUGAGGGUUUCCUGCACUGUUGGUUAGGAUGCACUUGUCUCUAGAUCCAGCAGAGACUGAGAUCUGAGCCAAGGACCCAAGUACUCUGUGGGAGCUUGUAAAGAAGGAAGCUCUGGGCUCUGUGCCACUGACAUGCCUUCUUGCUCUGACCAGGCAGAACUAGCUCAAGAUUGUGGAACAAGCUCCCUUAAGAAAAUAAGGCAGUAUCUUGGAUGGAAAUCCAUUUCUAGUGGGGCAGGAGUCCUGAGUUUUAGACAGUGAGGUAACUACAUGUGUUUGAGGACUUGGGGACAACAAUGUUGGGCAUUAGGACUGGAUUGCCUGUUAAGAUUCUGCAAGUUUCAAGCAGAUUCUGUGAUCUGCUGAGGAUGUUUUACUGUGUGGUUUUCACAGCAAUGAAUAUAGCCUGAAGUAACCAAAAGAAAUGCUGAGGAAAGGGAUGUGUUUUGAGUUGGCAUCUCAGAGAAGAUAAGGAACUUGCCUCCACCCUGUCGAUCUUGCACCUUUGCCUUAAUAUCUGAAGCACUAAUGGAGGAAGAUUUCAAGUCUCUCUUCCCCAAAAAUAAAGUUCAAUUUUUCCUUUCAGGUUAGAGAAGAGACAGGAAUGAGAACAUGGGGAAGAGAGUAGUGUUUUGUUUAUGCAUUUCUCCCCCCAGCUCCUUUUUAUCUAGUAGCCCAGCAGUUAUUCCUGUAGCUGGAUUCUUUCCCAUGCCCUAAAGAACUUCAAAACUGUUACUUCAGAAGAGCAAAUGCUUUAGUCAGGCAGCAAAUGCUUUAUAAUCAGGCAGCACUUGACUGUUUAGUAGUGAAGCUGUUCUACUUUUCAUGAAGUUUCUCAAGACUCAUGAAGGAUUGAACCUUCAAGGCACACUCCAGUCCAUACUCAUCCAGCUUUUUGAAGCAAUAGCACAUAAUGUUGUUGUGAGUCAAAAAAACCCCUGUGUUUUAAAGGGCAACUGAUUAUGUCUUUGCCUUUAGUAAGAAUGAAUGUGCCAUUACUAAUACUGUUAUUGUUUUUUAAAUUGAUGUGAAAAUUA